CCUCAGCCUCUGUCAUUCUCGAGCGGAUAGUUUUGUUGUCAAAAUGGAGUUCUUACUUGGCAAUCCAUUCAGCACUCCCGUGGGUCAAAAUAUAGAGAGGGCGACAGAUGGAGGCUUACAGAACGAAGACUGGACCCUCAACAUGGAGAUCUGUGACAUCAUCAACGAGACAGAAGAGGGGCCAAAAGACGCCAUGCGGGCUCUGAAGAAGAGGCUCACUGGCAACAAGAACUACAGAGAAGUGAUGCUGGCGCUAACAGUUUUGGAGACGUGUGUGAAAAACUGUGGCCACAGGUUUCACGUCCAGGUGGCCAACAGAGAUUUCAUCGACGGCGUGUUGGUCAAAAUCAUCUCGCCCAAAACCAAUCCUCCAACCAUCGUGCAGGACAAAGUUCUGUCGCUCAUACAAGCCUGGGCUGAUGCCUUCAGGAGCAGCCCUGACCUAACUGGUGUAGUCCACAUUUACGAGGAACUGAAGAGGAAGGGCAUCGAGUUCCCAAUGGCAGACCUGGAUGCACUGUCCCCCAUCCACACACCACAGAGGGGUACACCAGAGGUAGACCCUUCUAUGAUCAAGUACCUAGCACCUGCUUCACAAGCUGUUGUGACGACUAGACCUUCCCCGACCCCUGUCUCUGCUGCACAGGAUCCCCCGGCACCUGGCCCCAUCACAGCAACCGCUGAACAGAUCGCACGGCUGCGCAGCGAGCUGGACGUAGUGAGAGGAAACACCAAAGUCAUGUCGGAGAUGCUGACAGAGAUGGUCCCUGGACAGGAAGAUGCCUCUGACCUCGAACUGCUUCAGGAGCUGAACAGAACCUGCAGGGCCAUGCAGCAGAGGGUAGUCGAGCUGAUUUCCCGCGUCUCCAACGAGGAGGUGACCGAGGAGCUUUUACACGUCAACGACGACCUCAACAACAUCUUCCUCCGAUAUGAGAGGUAUGAGAGGUACAGGUUGGGUAGAGCUGCACAGAACAACGGGAUGUUGAAUGAGGCCACAGAGGACAACCUGAUAGACCUGGGCCCAGGCUCUCCUGCGGUGGUCACGCCCCGGAUCAUCUCCAGCCCUACGCCCCACUCCCCCGCCAGGGCCACUGCCUCCCCAGCCCGGGACCCCACUCCCGCCUCGCUAUCCACUGCACUAGCUGGCCUUGAUGUAGCCUCAGAAAGCGUGAGCGGCACCCUGUCUUCUUUACCGGGCCCCAAAAAGGAUGACUUUGACAUGUUUGCCCAGACCAGGAGCACCUCGCUGGCCGAACAACGCAAAAAUGUAACGUAUGAAGAUCCUCAGGCUCUGGGCGGCCUGGCGUCUGCUUUGGAUGUGAGACAACAGAACGCAGGAGGGCUGAGGGUUAAAGGGGAUGAUAACCCGGCAGAUCAGGAGCUGCCCAUAGACAGCUGGCUUAUUACCCAAGGAAUGAUCCCCGUAUCGCAGUCCUCUGUAAUGGAUGACAUAGAGGAGUGGCUCUGUGCUGACGUGGUAGGGGAUACUGCAGAGGAAGGGGUGACCAGUGAAGAAUUUGACAAGUUCCUGGAGGAGCGAGCGAAGGCGGUGGACUCUCUGCCAUCUCCCCCUGGAGCUGACCCUGCUCAACCCGCCCGGGCCCCCAGCGCAGGCUCCCACAAGAAGGCUGAGCGGACAGAAGACGCCCUCUUUGCCUUGUAGACUGUUCGCAGCGAGCCUCCAUCUCUCUCUGCAGGGCUUC